AUGAAGCAUUUCGGCCGCAAACGUUGGACUGGCAAUGGUCUCCAAGAAAACAAUACCCUUUCAAUCGAUCUACGUUACUCUUGGACAAACGAUAGCAUGGCCUUCAAUGUCAUUACCAAGAACGCUCCCGUGCUGAAUCAUCUAGCUCUCCGGGCGAACGACAAUGGAACAUCCUUCUACCAAUGGGGGUGGGAGCAAAGUAGUAGAUUGAAUACUUCAGUAACUCCCGUUGCAGAAAACAGGCUCUGGCGCUUUGACGCUGAUGGCCAAGGUGCCGGUUCCUGGACAGCAUAUUCAAUACCUUCCGGUGUUUCGCGUAUUUCGAACGCGCUAUAUGCAUCUGGCAAUGGCUCUGGCUAUCUUUUUGGAGGAUAUAUCAGUUCCUGGACUGACCCACGUAAUGAAGAUAUUGGAGACAUGCCUUCGAGCCGUGCGCUGGUUCCUUAUAACAUGGCUACGGGCGCCUGGGCCAGUGACAUGAGCUGCAUGGAAAGGUCAUGCUACAGACUCAACGGCCAUCUCGAUUUCAUUCCCACCUUCGGCUCUAAUGGCGUACUUGUAGCGUUAGGUGGCUGCGGCGCAAAUUCUUCGUUCUUUGGAACCUGCAGGAACAGUCCCCCGAGCAAUUUUAGCACCAUCGAUAUCUACGACCUAUCUCAGAAGCAAUGGUAUACUCAGACAGCAUCAAAUGGGCCAGGACAGCUGCCUGACCCCCGUGAAGGAUUCUGCGCGGUAGGUCUCCUGGGAGACAAUGGUACAUACGAGAAUUUCAUGUUCGGUGGAGAAGUUCACUCGGCAGAUUCUACUGAAGCUUUCGUCUGGCACAAGGCCGACUACACCCCCACUCGUGCACGAACAAAAAAUAGCUGCAAUAUCGUUGGAAAGAGACAGAUGCUCGAGGUUGGAGGCGUCAAACCUUCUGGGAACAUCUGGCUACCUGCGGAUCCAUGGACUCAGGGUCUCAACGUUUUCGAUUUAACGGAGAUGAGGUGGGUGGGGGGAUAUGACGUCGAAGCUGAGGACUAUAUCACGCCAGCGGUCGUGGAGUCAUGGUACGACGAUCAUGGAAUGUAUCCGGAUUGGGAUAGCUUCGAAAUUCAAGAUAUCUUCACAGUCAACGCUCAAUCAACUCCACCGUCCAACACCAGCACGCAACCAUCGGCAACAGGGUCGACUACUGCUAAUGAUGAACCUCCGGGAAUCAAUACCGGUGCUGUGGCAGGCAGCGUUGUUGGGGGUGUCGUUUGCCUGUUCUUAAUUGCUGGGCUCUCGUUCUUUCUGAUGCGACGCCGGCAAAGACGGUCGCGAGUAUCAAACUCGCUGCGUCCUCUUCCGGAGCUUCACGCAGAUGAUGCUAGAGCCAAAGAGCUCCCCGCCUACGAACAGCCUUCUCAUUUACAUCCUCUGCAAGAAGUAGAUGGCGGCUAUGAUGGGGUGGAAGCUCCUAGCUCACAUAGUCCACUUAUCGAAUUGUCUGGCCGAUAA